CAGCCGUGCACUGGCUGCUCAGCCUCUCCUCCAUCACUCCGUGAGAAAUGCCGCACUACUCCGGAUUUAUUCCCCCAAACUAGCCAUGUUCGAGCGGACACCAGCGGGGGACUGACUCCGCAGCGCCGCCUACAGUCGUCACCUGCUGCCAACACGGAGGGAUGUCGCGAUGCUGUGCACACGAAGAACUAAAACUUUGGUGUCGACGUGCGUGAUCCUGAGCGGCUUGACCAACAUCGUGUGCCUGCUCUACGUGGGCUGGAUCACCAACUACGUGGCCAACAGCGGAGCCAAAGUUGCGGAGAGCGGAGCUGCCGAGGACCGAAAGUUGGAGGAGGACAGCGUGGGCAUCCUGGAGAGGCUGGAGAAGCUGGAGAGCGUCGUCAACGAGCACAUCAGAGACGCUCCUCAGAAAGACGGCGAAGAUCCUCCCUCCUCCUCUGACCCCGCCUCCUCGCUCUUCGACCGCUGGGGUCACGACCUUGGCCCUGAGAGUCGAAGGGUCGCCCUCCAGAAGUUCCGUUACUACGGUUACAACAGCUACCUUAGCGACCGCAUCUCCCUCACGCGACCGAUCCCGGACUCCCGGCCCGAAGGGUGCAGGAACGCAUCAUACGCCUCGGAACUGCCUCAGCUCAGCAUCGUCUUCAUCUUCGUCAACGAGGCGCUGUCGGUGCUGCUGCGCUCCGUCCACACGGCCGUGCUGCGGACGCCGGCUCACCUGCUGCGGGAAAUCAUCCUGGUGGACGACCACAGCAGCAGCCUGGAGCUGAAAUAUCACCUGCAGCGGUUCGUGGACGAGACCAACGCUCAGCACGGGCCGGAGUUCAUCAAGGUGGUCCGACACGAGCGGCAGGAGGGGCUGAUCCGGUCUCGCAUCAGCGGCUGGAGAGCCGCCACCGCACCUGUGGUCGCUCUCUUCGACGCCCACGUGGAGUUCAAUGUCGGGUGGGCAGAACCGAUUCUCCAGAGGAUCAAGGAAGACCGGACCCGCGUGGUGUCACCAUCCUUCGACAACAUCAAGUAUGACACCUUUGAGAUCGAGGAGUACCCGCUGUCGGCACAGGGCUUUGACUGGGAGCUGUGGUGUCGAUACCUGAACCCCCCGAAAUCCUGGUGGUCGCAGAAGAACCAGACGGCUCCCAUCAGGAGUCCGGCUCUGAUCGGCUGCUUCGUCGUGGAUCGGGACUACUUCAGGGAGAUGGGUCUGCUGGACGAAGGCAUGGAGAUCUACGGGGGCGAGAAUGUGGAGCUGGGCAUCCGCGUGUGGCAGUGCGGCGGCAGCGUGGAGGUCCUGCCUUGCUCCAGGGUGGCUCACAUCGAGCGAGCCCACAAGCCCUACACCAGCAACCUCACCGCUCACGUCAGGCGCAACGCUCUGAGGGCAGCCGAGGUCUGGAUGGACCAGUACAAGAGUCACGUCUACAUGGCCUGGAACGUUCCGCUGCAGAACUCAGGGAUCGACAUUGGGGACUUGACCCAGAGGAAGGCCCUGCGGUCCAGACUCCGGUGCCGACCGUUCAGCUGGUACCUGGCCAGCGUCUACCCCGAGCUGCGCUACUACGGCGACAUCGUUGCUUAUGGAGUGUUGAAGAACAGCCUGAGAGACGACCUGUGCCUGGACCAGGGCCAGAACUCUGACAACAUUCCCAUCAUGUACCAGUGCCACGGCAUGACUCCGCAGCAGAACGUGUACUACACAGGCUCACAGCAGCUGCGUCUGGGCGUCCUGAGUCCCACCAUCGACGACGACGACAACAAGUGUCUGGUGGAUGUCAACAGCAAGCCGCGCCUGCUGGAGUGCAGCUACGCCGCCGCCAGGCACCUGAUGCUGAUGUGGACCAUCACUCAGGUAACAGGAGACUCUGGCAGAGGAGCAGAGCUCCCUCCCGAGCUGGGGAGGUUUAACGUUCUUCAGCCGGACGCGGAGAUAUUUCUCCCUCAGAGGUUUGACUUCUCACUCGGCUGGAGAUUCCAGCCCAGUAAACUCACUUUUAAUCCCUGCGCUUGUCAGAGAUUAUAAAGCUCCGGCGGCAGCAGUGUUGACUGGGCUUCUCUUUUCUUCAACUCCAGGUCCAAAAGUCAAGGUUUUUUUGUAUCCUCCAGUCAAUGGAGUAACUUUGGCACAAUUUACUUUUCAAGUGUUCAGAAGGUCAUGGAGUGUUAAAAGUGGGAGGAAAUUAAAUGAGUCAUCGUGGCUCCACAGAUUAAUUAUGUUGAGAUGACGCUGCCGCUAACAUCGCGAUCGUUCAGGUUCAGCAGGGAGGAGAGCUGGGAUUAAAUAAAAAUAAACGAUUCCCCCACUGAGAGAUCCCAGAUCAGAUUAGCAAGCGUCGGAAAUAACUGUGGGAGAAAAGACAUGUCAAGUGCUGAGACGUGCUCCAAGUUUGAAGCUUCAAUGGUAUGGUCUAAAAUGAUGUUUUCAUGAUAAUGAUUUUGUAAAUCAUUAGUUAUAUUCUCAACUCUGACAAAAAUGAUUUUUUUAAUCUCAAUUUAUUCUAUUCUCACCCCAUCACUUAUUUAACUAAUUCUUACUUGUAUUACAAUGCAUUUCUUUCUGACCAGUCUCGAGCCUUUUUGAUGUAUUUAUUCAGUCACACUUUCAAUUAGGGAACAUUUAGCUCCUUAAAUCGCUGCGUACUAGCCUGUUAUUAAUCAUUAUAACUAUUAAUUAGUGUCUAGUUGAGUCUGAUUCGUUUAGCAGAAUUUACAAUUAUUAGCUGUCAAUAAACAAGCAAUUGGUUAGCAACCUAAAGAUAUUAUUUACUUAUUUGGAUUUUCUUUAAUGUUUUUUGUAUUUCUUUGUCUAUUUUCCUUUGAUUUUUUUUGUAUAAAUUACAUUUUUUUUUAACUUAAAGCCGUCCUUAAUAAUUUAUAUGGCUUAUUGAAGAUGUUAUGAAUUUUCACAAUCAUGGAUGACACCCAAAGUUUAUAAGAGAUUUAUUAAAUAAAGUUCAUCUAGUUUUCAAGACUUGACCUAAACCUGGCUGCUGAAUGAUAUAAUUAGAAAUAAGAUUAUUUCAGAUUCACCUCCUUGUAAUACUUAAUAAACCUUGUGUAAGUUGUGGCGUAUGAUCAUGAACGAUCCUAACAUCUAUGGAGCCUCAUAGAUGCACUGUGAUGUCGAAUGAAUGCAGUAAUCCUGGAUAAUAGAUUGAGUAAAGUCGAACCCUUUGUUCUACUGCCACGUGGCCACAGUUGUUGUGUGUAGCACUGCG